UGUCAAAAGUGGGAAAACGAAAGAUGGAUCGAGAGCAUCGCAUGUUUCAAGAAAAGUGGGAACGAGCGUAUUUCUUUGUGGAAGUUAAGAACAGCCCCGUGUGUUUAAUAUGUAACCAGACUUUGUCUGUGUCAAAAGAAUACAACUUGAGACGCCAUUACGAGGCAAACCAUAGUAAGCACUUUGACCGGUAUACGGAAGAGAUGCGUGAUGAAAAACUUAACGAACUCAAGAAAGGACUAAACUUUCUUCAGCAUCUGUCAUCAAAUACAAAUAAACUAAGUGAUGCUGCUGUGAAAUGCAGUUAUGUCAUAAGUGAGAAAAUUGCCCGGGCAUCGAAACCUUUUACAGAUGGUGAGUUUAUAAAAGACUGUCUCUUGAGUGCUGCGGAAAUCCUGUGUCCAGAGCAGAAACCGGCAUUUGCCAACAUAAGUCUAACUGGAAACACUGUUGCUCAGCGAGUAAAAGAUAUGGCUGAGAACCUACAGGACAAGUUGCGAGAAAAAGUGAAAUCAUUUGUGACAUUUUCUAUUGCAGUUGAUGAGAGCACAUACAUAAAUAAUACGAGGCAGUUGAUUAUAUUUAUCCGGGGUGUUGAUGAGAAUUUUGACAUCACUGAAGAACUUUUGGACAUGGUGCCCAUGACAGACCCAACAUCUGAGAGUGACCUGUUUUUGUAUGUUGAGAAAAGUCUUGAAAAGUUUAAUGUUGACUGGUCAAAACUAGUAAGUGUAACCACAGAUGGUGCUCCUGCGAUGGUCUGUGAUAACACUGGACUUGUGGCAAAACUUAAGUCCAAGGUCAAAAUGUUUUUCAAGGAUGCAGAGCUUAAAUCUAUCCACUGCAUUAUUCACCAGGAAUUGUUUUGUACUAAAAAGUUAAAGCUAGAACAUGUCAUGGACGUAGUGAUUAACACAGUAGACUGGAUACGCACCCGUGGCUCCAACCACAGGCAGUUCAGGGCUUUGCUUGAGGAACUGAAUGCCCAAUAUGGUAAUCUCCUUUACUAUACAAAGGUAAGGUGGCUUAGUCGUGGCAUGGUGCUGAAGAGAUUUUUUGAAUUGAUAAAAGAGAUAGAUGUGUUCAUGUCUUCCAAGGGCAAACCCCUUCCCCAGCUCACCAGCGAAGACUGGAUCAGAGACCUGGCCUUUUUAGUUGACAUCACAAACCAUCUGAACACUUUGAAUAUCUCCCUUCAGAGACGUUCACAAGUAGUGACACAAAUGUAUGAUUCAGUUUGCUCUUUCCUCACAAAAUUGAGUCUCUGGGAAGCUCAUUUGGCUGCAAAUAAUCUGGCUCACUUUCCUACACUGAAAUCGGUUUCCAGAAACGAACGUGAUGGCUUAAUCUACAUCCCCAAAAUUGUGGAGUUAAAGAUGGAAUUCCAAAAAAGGUUCUUUGAUUUCAAGCAUUAUGAAAAUGAACUCAUACUGUUUAGCUCACCCUUCUCAAUUAACAUCGAUAGCGUUAAUGAAGAAUUACAAAUGGAAGUUAUUGAACUGCAGUGUAAUACGGUAUUAAAAACGAAAUAUGAUGACAUUGGAAUACCAGAAUUCUACAAAUACCUCAGCAAGAGUUACCCCAAAUAUAGAAAACAUUGUGCAAAAAUUCUGUCCAUGUUCGGAAGCACCUAUGUCUGUGAACAGCUGUUUUCUGUUAUGAAAUUGAGUAAAACUAAGUUUCGCUCCCAAUUAAAGGAUACAGGAUUACACUCAGUUCUCCACAUUGCGACUCGAAAUAUGAGACCAGACAUUGACAUCUUGGUGCAGAAAAAAAGGUGUCAGGUUUCUGGUUCCAAAUCAAAGGAAUAACAGAUUAUGAACAAAAAUUUUAAUAAUUAAAAGAUUUCUAUUUUUCAA